AUGGAUCACGCAAGAAAUUUCUACAACACAAUUUUAAAAUCUUCGCACCCGUUGCUACUAUCAUUUCAUUUGGCAGGUAAGGCGGUUCCUAUUGUAUUUUAUAUCAUAGGUUCUAUGUUUUUGAAUUUUACGCCUCAAUUCAUCACUGUUGUUCUUUUACUUUCUUUCGAUUUUUACCUAACAAAGAAUAUCACCGGUAGGAAGCUGGUUCAACUACGCUGGUGGUACGACUCUACAGACGUAAACAAAAACUCAAACUUUACUUUUGAAUCAUAUAAGCAAUAUGCACCGGGCCCACCUAUAAAUGCAAUUGAUUCCAAAUUAUUCUGGUGGUCGAUGUACGCAACACCCAUAAUUUGGGGUAUCUUUGCUGUAUUAUGCCUUCUAAGAUUGAAGUUAUUUUACUUGAUUUUAGUUAUCGUAGCAAUGUGCUUGACCGCGUGGAACACAUACGGUUUUCGUUGUUGCGAUAAAUGGGAACCCACCAAUGGUCAAACUGAUGGUCAAGAUGCAAGUUCUUGGUUUGCAUUGCCCUCUGUUCCAGGUUUUGAGAAUCUAUCAAGGCUGGCCAGUAUCCAAUCAUUCUUCCAGAGACAGUGA